AAGGGUGUGGCAUAUUUGCCUCCGAUUCUUGGAAUUACUCUUAAUAGUUUUCAUUCUCUUUCCCUCUCCUUCUCACCCUCUCCCCAGUUUGUUCACUUAACACAGUUGGACAGCCUUCUUGUUUUGGGCAUUGUCAGCAGUAAAGGGACUAGGAACCAUCCCUCCAUAGGAAGCUGUUACUCUCUGUGGGAGGAUAAUGGAAGCCCCAAGGAUCAUCAGUGCCUUGUACCUCAGCCAGAUCCCAACCAGCCAAAACCUGAGGGUCGUCAGAUGACACCUGUGAAGGGAGAGCCACUGGAAGUCAUCUGUAACUGGCCACCUGCACUGGAAUCUGCCCUGCAGCGCUGGGGCUCCACCCAAGCCAAGUGCCCAUGUCUGACUGGGCUGGAUGUGAUGGGGAAACCAGUCUACACAUCACAUAUGGUGGGAAAGUUGUGGAGCAGAAGUUUGAAGUUGGCCUACACGCUGCUUAAUAAACUGGGGACCAAAAAUGAACCUGUAUUAAAACCUGGAGAUAGGGAGAAACAGUAGUGAAUGUUUUAGACUUUAAGAAGGAUGCUGGACUGUGGCAUGGCAUGUUUGCGAAUAUAAUGAAUAAGAUUCAUACAAUUAGUGUACCCUACUCUGUUAUGAAAACCUGUCCUCUCUCUUGGGUUCAAAGAGUACAUGCCCACAAAGCCAAAGUAGCAUUAGUAAAGUGCUUACACUGGGCUAUGAUGGCACAUCGGGACCAAAGGGACGUUAGCCUGAGUUCUCUCCGGAUGUUAAUUGUCACUGAUGGAGCCAAUCCCUGGUCUGUAUCAUCCUGUGAUGCUUUCCUGAGCCUGUUCCAAAGCCACGGACUGAAACCUGAGGCUUUCUGUCCAUGUGCCACUUCUGCUGAGGCCAUGACUGUAGCAAUCCGCAGGUACUGUUUGGGAUGUCAGUCCUUGAUGUCUGUCACAGGCUUGUAUGAGAUAUGCAGUCUUUUCCAAGUACAAGAAAGAAGUGUUAACCGAUUUUCUACUUUUAUAAGUCUAAAAGUAAAAAACAAAGCAAAAAUUUUCACCCUUUUUUCUUUCACCUUUCAGGUGAUCCCAGUGAAUUCUGCAGGCUCUCCUGUGGGAGAUGUGCCCUUCAUCCGAUCGGGGUUGCUGGGAUUUGUAGGGCCAGGUAGCUUGGUGUUCGUGGUUGGAAAAAUGGAUGGAUUACUCAUGGUUAGUGGUCGAAGACAUAAUGCUGAUGACAUUGUUGCAACUGGAUUGGCUGUUGAGUCUAUAAAGACUGUCUAUAGAGGAAGUAUGGAAGCAGGCACAGUGGGGUCCCAGCAAGCAAUUGAUAGCAUUCAUCAAGUAGGGGUUUACUGUCUUGCACUGGUGCCUGCCAAUACAUUGCCAAAAACUCCACUAGGAGGGAUCCACCUAUCUCAGACGAAGCAGCUCUUUCUGGAAGGAUCUCUGCAUCCAUGUAAUAUACUCAUGUGCCCACAUACAUGUGUGACGAAUUUGCCAAAACCCUGGCAAAAGCAACCAGGUGUAGGCCCUGCUUCAGUGAUGGUUGGGAAUCUGGUUGCUGGUAAACGCAUAGCACAAGCUGCAGGAAGGGAUCUGGGGCAAACUGAAGAGAACGACUUAGUGAGGAAGCACCAGUUCUUGGCAGAGAUUUUGCAGUGGCGAGCCCAGGCAACUCCUGACCAUGUACUCUUCAUGCUGUUAAAUGCCAAGGGAACUACUGUGUGCACAGCCAGCUGCCUUCAGCUUCAUAAGCGAGCAGAGAGGAUGGCAUCAGUACUUGGUGACAAGGGACAUCUAAAUUCAGGGGACAAUGUGGUAUUGCUCUACCCACCUGGCAUUGAGUUAAUUGCUGCAUUUUAUGGUUGCUUGUAUUCAGGGUGUAUACCUGUGACUGUGCGGCCCCCUCAUGCUCAGAACCUCACUGCCACAUUGCCCACAGUGCGCAUGAUUGUGGACAUAAGUACCGUCUAUAUCUGUCUGUUCUCAUUUUGUAAAAUCCACAUUCAAACCACUAAGAAUCCAUAAUAUCAUCCCAGUUUUAUUGAGUCAUGAGGUUAAAUUUUUCCUUAAAAAAUGGUCUCCCAACUGGGAGUGGAGUUGCAUGUCUGCAAUCUCAGCAUGCACUUGGUGGGGCAGACACAGGUGGAUCUCUGAGAGAUUGGGACCAGCUUGGUCUACAUAGUGAAUUCCAGGCCAGCUGUGGCU